CAAAAUUCUUUGUAUCAUAAAUCUUCUUCGUUCGAUCUCAGUGGCUCUGCGGCUUCUUAUGGUAUGAUGCCAAAGGAUUGUAAUCUGGUGGAUGAAUAUUUGAAGUUUUUUGUUUUUGUUUUUGGUUUCGGGCAACUCUUUCUUCCUUUGGAUCUGGAAUCGAUAGCCUUUUUUGGGGUGACGACGCUGAGUUCGAAGAGGGUGUAUGUGAUAAUGAGUUCAGGACCAGGGAAUUUUUGUCUGGUCCACGUCAGCCUCGUGCCUGUGCUUAAUGUUGUUGGUGAACAUGUCAAUUAUAUUACUUUCGUUUUCCCGAAAUGAAGCAGCCAUGAUGUUGACACCAUUUGAUUCUAUUAAACCUCAUUUUGAUUUGUUGUUUUCUUUCAAAACCUAAAGCCGGCACAGCAUAGUGUCCUGACGUUUGGGCUUGACACCAGAUAUCUUAGCUUGUCGGAGCACAAAGAACUAUUGGAACGAACACAAUCGAUAUCACUCUCUUUCUUUAUUUGGCUUUGUUUUAUGCUAAUAAAUUUUAUCUGAAAGGCCGUUUUUGUUCUAUCUUCCUGGUGCAGACUGGAGCACAAAUCAUUUACGCCAAAUACUCAGGAACCGAGGUUGAGUUCAACGAUAUUCUCAAGGAAGAUGACAUCGUUGGCAUUCUUGAGACAGAGGACAUCAGAGAUCUCAAGCCCUUGAAUGACUGACUCCUGUGUUUUAAAUGGCGCAUGGCGCUCUAAGGCGAGGAGGUUGGAGCCAUGCGCCUUGCGCCAUGGCACUCCAAGGCGCUCGCCUUAUGGUUAGGAUGCAUUCAAACGUGGUUUAGUUAUAUACAGCUUUAGAGGAACUUAGAUAUGCAUUGAUAGAUGUUCUUAGGUUAGAAGUGUAUGUGUUAGCUACAGACGUGUAACUAUUUCUAUGGUUACGUACAGAAGAUAGUUACAGAGUAGACUUGUAUAUAACAAUAGUACAGUCAGCUAUACCAAACUGUCUUAUUUAUACACACUAAUAUAGUCAGCAACGAGUUAGUCAUGCACACUAAUAUAGUCAGAUAUGUACACACAUAUAAACCCCAAAACACCAAAACAAAGAACUUGAAACUAAAAAACUAAAUUCAAUUGCUCAAAUCCAACAAAACCUAUAACUCUGAAAAACUAAGCAUUAUGUUUUAGGGAUAUUUAAAUGUCGAUAAAGUAGUGAUAGAGUUCCAAGAUGUUUUAAGGAUUCCGUCAAAGUAGUGUUUAACGGAAAAUACAAGGCGCGCCUUAAGAGGUUCAAAGGCGCUUAUAUUUAAGCCAAUGGCGCACCAUGGCGAGCGCCUUGAGGAACUAGGGCUCGCCUUAGAAGACUGAGGCGUUAAGACCAUCGCCCCGGUGCGCCUUGCGCCUUGGCGCAAAAGGCGAUCGCCUUUUAAAACACAGACUGACUCUUCAUUAAGAAAACUAAAACCGGCACAGCAUAGUGUCCGAGGCUUGGGCUUGACACCAGAUAUCUUAGCUUGUCGGAGCACAAAGGUUUGUCUCAUCUAGAAAUUUUGAGUAUCUUGGUGUUGUUUAUCUUCUAUUUCUGAUACAAAAUUCUCAAAUCUUUUUCUUCAUUAAGGCACUUGAAGAGAAUGUAAAAGAAAAACUAGCUCCAGUUUUGCGAUUGUCCCGGCGGUAAGAUGCUGCUAAUAUUACCCGCUUAUGGUUGUUGUUUCAGCUUGAGUAUCCCUUUUUUCUUUGCCUUUACGAGUAAGAAAAUGGCUACGCUCCCACCGGGGUAGCACCAAAAUUUCUCGGCAUCUCAUCCUCCUGUUGCUGAUAAAGCUGCUAAAGGCUUGAGGAUGUAUUCCCUGCAACGCAAAGGCAACAGGAGCCUAGAAAAGAUAAUAUUGGAAGCUGUAAUGAUUACAUGUUGGUUGAAAGUAUUGGAGGGUUUUGUUGAGAGAGGAGAGCAAGAGCAAAUAUGGCGGCACCAAAUCCAGCAAAUAUGGCGGCGGCACCGAAUCCUCCACUAGAUCUCCCUCCCAAGAGUCCUGAAGUGAUCCUUUUGCUCAAGCGUUUCAUACGGAAGGAGGAGAUGCCUCAUUGUGCUGUAAAGGUUCUUGCCGAUUCAGAUCUCCAAGUCACAGUAUCCACUAACGCCUGGACUGCAGCAGCGUAUCCUUAUUUUGAAGAAGAUGAAUACUGGUUUUUUCUGCAUAGGAAACAAGCUUCUAAGGAUAAGAAGAAUGUUGAUAGAAGGCUUGGAGACUUGGGGACAUGGAAGGCAAGGGGCAGGAGUACUAACAUCUACAUUGGUGCGCAGCUGGUAGGCAUCAAACAGAAGUAUGAACUAAUUAAAGGCAAAGUUAAAACUGGAUGGUUCCAAUUCGAGUACACAAGGUUUUCCAACAAGUUCGAGAAAAUCUGUGUAGCCCAUCUCAUCUUUGCCAAGAAGCCUGAAGUGGAUUAUCCUUCUGAUAUCAGUGAUGAAGAAGAAGAAGAAGAAGAAGAAGAAGAAGAAGAAGAAUCUGCUGAUGAGGAAGAGCAGGGUUUGCAGGUACAGGCUCAUGAGGUUGAACUUGUGAAUGAGCAGCAGAGUCUGCAUGAGCAGGUGUUGAACUUGGAAGAAGAAGAAGCUGCUGCUUCUGAUGAGGUAGAGCAGACACUUGUGAAUGAGGAGCAGAGGUUGCAGCAGGUACAGGCUCAUGAGGUUGAACUUGGGAAUGAGCAUCAGGGUCUGCAGGAGCAGGUGGUCAACUUUGCUCAUGAGGAAGCGCUGACAUUUGUGAAUGGGCAGCAGGGGCAUUUUCUGGACGAUGACGAGGAGUGGGCUCGCUUCUUGAACACUGACGAUGAUGGUCUGGCGAUUGAUGACUUGUUCGAAGAUGGUGAUUCAGAAAAGACGCUAGAACAUGUGAACGAGCAGCAGAGUCUGCAGGAUCAGGUGCUGAACUUGGAAGAAGAAGCUGCUGCUGCUGAUGAUGAUGAGGAAGAGCAGACACAUGUGAAUGAGGUGGAGCAGCAGGGGGGGUUGCAGGUACAUGCUCAUGAGGGUGAACUUGGAAGAAGCAGCUGCUGAUGAUACGUGGACUCGCUACUUGAACACGAUGUUUGAUGAGUUCUUGGGAGAUGAUAAUUCAGAAAGACACUAGAAGAUUAAAUGAAGCUUCAUGUCGUUGAACUUGUUGUGUUUUGUCCUGAGACUUCUCUUAUGUUUUGUCUUGAGACUUCUCUUAUGUUUUGUCGUUAGACUUCUCGUUUUGGAAACAGCUUUUACCACGUGACUGCAUAUCUUCUACCUCCAGAUUAGUGGUACUGAGAAAUUAGCUUGCAUUCAGAAACUUGAGCUAUAGAGAGUUGCAUCACUUCCUUA